AUGCCGCCUGUGCCUCCUCCUCUGCCACCAGCGCCGUCCCCUGGUGACGCUCACCCACCUCUUCAACCAGUACCACCUCCUGCUGUUUCCAACAGCGGACCUCCUAGCGCACUUCUUCUCCAUCUUGCCAUUCACAGUGGUGGCAGUUUCAAAAACCAUUGGGGCUACUUUAUUCAAUCCAAGCAUAAUUCUUCUGUCGGCACCAUUGUUCAUGUUGUUGGAGACGUGAAGAAUGGAUUCGAAUUUGAGAUCAAAAGAAAUCAUGACUUCGAUACCACUUCGCCUGCACCCUUACAUAUCAUUCCACUGCAGUGGAUGGAUGGCAAAUAUUUCAACGAGGCCAUGUUGAACAAUGGCGUCCAAGAGCUUGAUCAUAAGCCUGUGUGUGACUUUGAGAAAAGUGUUUACAAGAUCAAACCACCAAAGGGGUCUCUCAACUCUGCAACAUCGGACGCUCCUAGAGCAAGGGUUGAUCGGAAAGAUUGUCAGACUUGGAUUCUGCAGUCGGCCGACCAGCUAGUUGCAGACGGGAUUAUGCAUCCGGACAUUGCGGCCUACCUUGAAGCUAUCAAACAGUAG